AUAUAAGGCUGAUCACAGUUAUUCGGGUUCCAGGUACUGUAGUACUACGUAUUUUGUGAGUAUCAUAGUUUACACGCAAAUAUGAUAUUACCCAUUGCUAUAGUUAUUAUUUCUCAGUCGUUUGGCAUACAGGGAGCCAUGAAUAUAGUUUACGAAGAUAUCACUUGUUUUUCUUACAGCGAAGAAUAUUUCACAGAACCUGACACUUUUAUAAAUGAUCAAAAUGAAUUGGUCGUAAACAUCUCGAUCGUUAAAACGAUUCCACAAGGAAGUAAAGGAUGUUUCAAACUAACGGGAGCAUCAAUGGGUGAAUAUAUUGUGGAUAGUGGAUUCAAUGUACAGCUGGACUUUUGUGAUGCACUCGAGGAACCUAUUAUAAUGGGUCGGCUUUUUAAUGCAUUUGGAUUCUCUGUUGACGAUUGUCCACCUGGAAUUGGUGUUUAUGGAAGUGAGGGCUAUACAAUACCAACAGAUACACUUCCAGAUGAAUUCCCACCUAAUAAAUACUUGGUGGAAAUAAAAGUAUCAUACGAGGAGAAGCCAUUAUUAGUACUUCAUGUAUACGCCUACAUUCAAUAAAACGUGAAGUUAUUUUUUGGACCGACACUAUUAUAAUUACUUAUUUUUCGUUGUAUAAUCAUGGAUCUUAAUAAAAGUAACUACUCUCAAGGCAUUUCAAAGCUUUCCCGGGAAAAAUAACUUUUUAUAAAAUUUUGUAGUUUAAUAAAGCUCUAACAUGUUGACCACCUGACGGAAAUGGAAAUAAACACAAGCAAGAAGUACUAUGGCUAUAGUAAAAUCAACAAUAGUUACAGUAAUUUGGGAUAUAAUCCUUGUCAAUAUCACUGUGGCCAUAGUAAUUUUCGCAUAUGUUUAUUUCAAUUCCCGUGAGGUAGUCAACAUUGUCCGACUUUUCAAUGACGCCAUAUCAUUUCAAACAAGAAUAAUUUCUCCGUGUAGAUUUUACAUUACGAAAUAUGCCCGGGUCAAAAAAUUAGAUCUGUUUCAAAAUAUAUUAUAAAUUCCAAUAUUUGUUUAUCUAAAUCAGUCUCCACAGUUAUUGUUAAAUAUAGGAUCAGCAAAGUAUUUAGAAAACCUGAAUUGCUGUUGAGCGCUCUGUGUUGCGGAAUAGUAGGGUGGAACGUCUGAUAAACGCGAGCCCUUGAGUAGCAGUAAUAGGUUUACGGAUAGGUCCUGCUAUAUGUGUAAAAAUUGGCAUGCCAGCACUUCAAAAUAAGAUUAGAUUAAUUUCAAAUUAGUCUUAAAGUUGAUUGAUUGUAAAGUAUUAAAGAAACAGACUGCUAGAUUCGGAUUCAGCAGAAUACUUGUCUCUGCUGAAAACGUUUAGGCAGUCUAAUUCUCAUCUACGUAGACAAUUCGUUUUGUCUACGAAUGGGCUGCGUUGACAUUCUUAUAACAUUGUUAUCUUAAAUAUUUCUAGCACAAACGGCUCAGAACUUAUAAAUUGAAAAUAAUAAUUCAAUAUUUAAAAUAAAAAAGAAAGUUAUUGGUCUCGGUCCGAUUUUCAAAGAUCGAGUUUUCAACAGAUCUCGAAGUUUUGAAGUCCUCGGAAGCUUUUCUGACUUUUUCCAGAUGGAUGUCCAAGCGUGUAUGAUUGUGAACUAGGUUGUGUCGUACGACAUCUCUGGAAUGCAUCAACCGAUUUGCAUGGAGGUGGCGGCAAUCGAACGGGCGCAUCAAGACUUAGAUCUGAUUAAAUUUUGAAGUCAAUCGAUUGAGUAGCUUACAAGUUAUACGAAAAAUAACAAUUAAAAAAUAAUGUUUCCAAUUUUUUAUUGUAUAACUCGUAAGCUGUUCAAUCGAUUUGCUCGAUAAUAUAAUUAAAGCAAAGUCAUAAAAAGUACGUUCGAUAGCUGCAAAGCACGUGAAAAUCGGUCGAUUUGUUCAAAAAAUUACACGCACACUGAUAGAAGGAUUUCUGAGUAUUUAAGAAACCAUUUCUUAAACAUCAUUUCUUUGUAUGUAACAAAUAUUUCUUACUAUUUAAGAAAUGAUUUCUUAACUAUUAAGAAAUUAUUUCUUAAAUAGUAAAAAACAUUAGCGGCUGAGGCAGCCGUUCGACACGCGCAUGACUCGGGCGAUCACCAAAAUUAAGUAGCAUCGAGCAUGGUUACUAUUUGGCUGGGUGACCGCUUAGCCACACGUUGGGCUCGAACGAAGGUCUCUGAUCAUUAGGGGCGGGAUGAAGAGCCAGUGAUCGGUAAAAUGGGAAUUUUAUCAACCACUGGAGCUUCACCCAAACCGAAACUGUAUUGGCUACCCGGGUCAAAAA